ACCCCAGAUCUCAUUACAUAUUAACACGACCGUUCACUUUCUAGAAUGUCCUCCUCCAGUCCUCCUCCAUAUAUUAUUCUAUCUCUAUACAUGCAUCAAAUCAUAAAAUGCAAUAAGUGGAGCCACAAAUCCCACUAAAGUCACCCUCACUAGAUCUCAUUACAUAUGUAUACGACCGUGCACUUUCGAGAAUGUCCUCCUCCAUAUAUUAUGAUAUCUACACGCAUCAAACCAUAAAAUGCAAAAAUUGUACCCACAAAACCUAAGAAAGUCAUCUCUCUCCAGUCUCCACUAUGGGCAGUUUUCUCUCCUUCUUUCUUAUUUCUUCUCGAACACUAGCCCUCGUCCUAAUUUCCGUCACAGGAGAAACCCUUGAAUCUAAUUUCUUGCAUCACAAGAAAGAGAAACUAACUCAUUUCAGAGUAUACUGGCACGAUAUUGUAACCGGCCAAGAUUCGUCUUCGGUGUCAAUCAUGAAUCCUCCGAAAAAAUACACGGGGGCAACGGGCUUUGGUCUCAUGCGUAUGAUUGAUAACCCUUUAACGCUCACACCAAAAUUAAGCUCCAAAAUGGUGGGAAGGGCACAAGGGUUUUAUGCAGGCACAUCUAAAGAAGAAAUAGGAUUAUUGAUGGCUAUGAAUUUUGCGAUUCUUGAUGGGAAAUACAAUGGAAGCACGAUCACAGUGUUAGGAAGAAAUUCAGUGUUUGAUAAGGUGAGGGAGAUGCCAGUGAUUGGAGGAAGUGGACUUUUCCGAUUUGCUAGGGGUUAUGUUCAAGCUAGCACACAUGAGUUUAAUCUCAAGACAGGGAACGCCAUCGUUGAGUAUAAUUGUUAUCUUUUGCACUACUAAUUUGUCAUUUCUAGUUUAUUAUUAUUUAUUGUAAGGUUUUUCUUCUUCACAUAGUGGUGGUGGUGGCCUGGUGGGGGACAGUGUUUCAGUCACUUUGACUACUUUUUCCUAGAAUUUAGAUCGCACUACUGGAGUAGACAUAUGAUAGCUCACAAUAUAAAGCAUUCAUGUUAUUUAUCACUAAACCAUUUAAGUUCUUAGUAAGCCAUACAUUAUGUUAAAUAUUAGUAAGUGAACAUUGAAGUGGAAGACUAUUUCCACUCAGUAUAUACACUUCAACUUCUUUUUUUCUAUCACCGCGGUUAAGAUGAUGGCUAUAGUACACAUUAGGAGUGUAAUAGAAGACUGGAGUGUAAUAGAAAUGGUUAAUACUAAAACUAGCGAGGCCAACACAGUAUUAUAAACGCUGUUUUUGCCCCAACUUUUUGGCAAAUGAAUAAGCUACAGUAUAAUAUUUAGGCAUGUCCAUUU